AUGGCCCUCAACUCCCAGUAUCCCCAACGGCCUCCCCCUCCCAGUAUCCCCAGCGGCCUUCAACUCCAGGUUUCCCUCCAACGGCCCUUCAACUCCAGUAAUCCCCCAGCGGCCUCACUUCCAGUAUCCAACGGGCCUCAACUCCCAGAAUCCCCCAACGGCCCUCCCGCUCCCAGUAAUCCCCCAAACGGCCUUCAACUCCCAGUAUCCCCCAAUGCGCCCUCACUCCAGUAUCCCAGCGGCCUCCGCUCCCAGUAUCCCCAACGGCUCCCUCUCCCAGUUGCCCCCAGCGGCCCUGAACCCAGUAUCCCCCCAACUGGCCCCUUCAACUCCCAGGUUAUCCCCCAGCCGGCCUCCCGCUCCCAGUAUCCCCCAGCGGCCUCCCGCUCCCAGUAUCCCCCAACGGCCCCUAACUCCAGUUUCCCCAGCGGCUCCCGCUCCCAGAAUCCCCCAACAGCCCUCCUCUUCACAGUAUCCCCCAACGGCCCUCAACUCCCAGUAUCCCCCCAACGGCCCUCAACUCCCGUUAUUCCCCCGACGGCCUCAAUCCCAGUAUCCCCCAAACAGCCUUCCCAUCUCCCAGUAUCCCCCAACGGCCCUCACUCCCAGUAUCCAACAGCGGCCCUCAACUCCCAGUAUCCCCAGCGGUCCUUCACUCCAGUAUCCUCCCAACGGCCCUCAACUCCCAGUAUCCCAGCGGCCCUCAACUCCCAGUAUUUCCCUUCCACGGCCCUCAACUCCAGAUCCCCAGCGGCCCUCAAUUCCCGUAUCCCCAGCGAGCCCUCAAUCAGUACCCUCAACGCCCUUCAACUCCCAGUAUCCCAACGGCCUCACUCCCGUAUUCCCCAGCUGGCCUCCCGCUCCCAGAAUCCCCCCAACCGCCUCAACUCCCAGUAUCCCCAGCGGCCUCCCGCUCAGAAUCCCAACAGCCUCCUCUCCCAGUAUCCCCAACGGCCCUUAACUCCCAGUAUCCCCAGCGGCCCUCAACUCCCAGGUAUCCCCAGCGGCCCUUCAACUCCCAGUUAUCCCCCAACAGCCUCCCUUCCAGUAUCCCCCGCAACGGCCCUCACUCCCGUAUCCCCAGCGGCCUUCAAUCCAGUAUCCCCAGCGGCCCUCAUCCCAGUAUACCAUCCAACGGCCCUAACUCCAGAUCCCCAGCGGCCCUCAUCCCAGUAUCCCCCCAACGGCCCUCAAACUCCGUAUUCCCCAGCGGCCUUCCGCUCCCAGUAUCCCCAACGGCCCCUCAACUUCCAGUUCCCCACGGGCCUCCCGCUCCCAGAAAUCCCCCAACAGCCUCCCCUCCAGUAUCCCCCAACGGCCUCAAUCCCGUAUCCCCCAGCUGGCCCUUCAACUCCAGUAUCCCCAGCGGCCUCAACUCCAGUAUCCCUCCAACGGCCCUCAACGUCCCAGUAUCCCCCAGCGGCCUAA